AUGGUCAUGGUUGUGUGGUGUGGGAGAUGGUCAUGGUUGUGUGGUGUGGGAGAUGGUCAUGGUUGUGUGGUGUGGGAGAUGGUCACGGUUGUGUGGUGUGGGAGAUGGUCAUGGUUGUGUGGUGUGGGAGAUGGUCAUGGUUGUGUGGUGUGGGAGAUGGUCAUGGUUGUGUGGUGUGGGAGAUGGUCAUGGUUGUGUGGUGUGGGAGAUGGUCAUGGUUGUGUGGUGUGGGAGAUGGUCAUGGUUGUGUGGUGUGGGAGAUGGUCAUGGUUGUGUGGUGUGGGAGAUGGUCAUGGUUGUGUGGUGUGGGAGAUGGUCACGGUUGUGUGGUGUGGGAGAUGGUCAUGGUUGUGUGGUGUGGGAGAUGGUCAUGGUUGUGUGGGCUACGUGGUGAGGGCAGGGCUGGAGAGGGCGCAAUGGGGGACGGGUGUGCCGUCUUCUCCAACCCGGCACACGUGUGCAACGAGGGCAGACGGCUGUUUGCCACGCCAUGCCAUGGCUCAUUUCAUCUCCAAUCCUCCAUUCCCCCACACCCCACACCCCACACCCGACAUGAUGGCAGGGUUGGAGAAGAUUCUGCGCAACGAGGGCAAGCUGCUAUUUGUGGGCAACCAUACCAUCUUUGGCAUCUAUGACAUGUGCGUGGGGUUAAGGGGGGUUGGAAGGAAUAGGGGCAGACGAGGGGAAGGGGAAAUGGAGGGGGGAAGGUUACCGGUGUGGUGUUCCAACGAGGGCAAGCUACUAUUGGUGGGCAACCAUACCAUCUUUGCCCAUGCAUCCAUCACACCGUCUCCACCCAUCCCUCGCCUCACCCCCUCUCGCAGGCCGCUCCUGAUCCGAGACAUCCACAUGCGCACGGGGGUCACUCUCAGAGGGCUGGGCGCGCCUACGCACUGGCAGGGGCCGUUUGCUGACCAGUUCACCAAAUAUGGCGCUGUGCGGGUGAGAUGGGGGGGUGGGAAUGGGGGUGGUGAUUCUGAUGGCACUGAUGCUGUCCCGGAGAGUGGCAUGGAGGUGUCCCCCCGGGCAUGCUAUCAACUGCUGAGGGAGGGCGAGAACUUGCUGCUGUACCCGGGAGGAGGCAGGGAGGUGGGGAAGCGGAAGAACGAGAAGUACAAGCUGUUUUGGCGCGACACAACAGACUUUGUGCGCAUUGCCGUGCGCUGUGGCGCCACCAUUGUUCCAUUCUCGACUAUUGGAGUGGAGGAUGCAUUUGAUGUUCUCAUGGACCCCGAGACGCUUUUGAUGUGCUCAUGGACCCCGAGUGAGUGGACUGAGGGGCUUGGGAAACAUCACUUUGGGUGUGCGAGGGGCGAGAAGUACAAGCUGUUCUGGCGAGACACGACCGAUUUGGUGCGCAUUGCUGUGCGCUGUGGCGCCACCGUUGUGCCGUUCUCUACUAUUGAAGUGGAGGACGCUUUUGAUGUUCUCGUGGACCCCGAGGAGAUCAUGUCCUCCCCAAUCGGCCCCUGGUUGAAGCUAGCACUGCAGGCCACAGGCAUGCACACAGCACCCUUCCCCCUCGCCUCCAAUCCCAGCCUGCUGAAAAUUCCCUUUACUACCCCUCUCCACGCCUUCCCACCUCCCAUCUCACCCAACAGGGAAAUCAUGAAUUCUCCCAUCGGCCCCUGGUUGAAGCCAGCACUGCAGGCCACGGGAAUGCAGUCGCCCCCCUUCCCCCUCGCCUCCAAUGCUGGUCUGCUGCCGCGCCCCCAACGCCUCUACUUCCUUUUCAGCGACCCCAUCCGCACUGACGGCCUGGAUCCCUCGAUCAUACGCAACAAAGAAGAGUGCAACAGGAUAUACCAGGUGGGUUGCCCUGGUGUGUACUUGAAAAAAGAGAGAAAUGUGGCCAUGUGCGCUGCCUGCUGCCUCUCUAGCCCCCAGCGCCUCUACUUCCUCUUCUCCGACCCCUUCUGCACUGGUGGCCUUGAUCCGAGCAUCACACGUGACCCCAUCCCCAUCUUCUCUUCUCUGAUCCCACCACCCUAUCAACAGACGGUGCGGGGGAGAGUGGAGGGCGGCAUAGAGCAGGUCAAGGAGAUUCGCUGGGCAGACCCACCUGCCAUCGCACGUGGUUUAGUGGAAGGAGGCAUAGAGCAGCUCAAGGAGAUGCGCCGGGCAGACCCCCUGAGAGAAACGCUUCCCAGAAUAGCGGUCAACCUUCUGGAUGGCUGGGAUGGCACCUAA